UGUCUUGUCUUUGGCUUUGCUUGUUUGUUUUGUACUCUUCUCUUUAUCUUCCCCUCUAAAACCAGUUUCCCAAAACAUUCUCCUUUUUAACCAACUUUAUCUUUCUUCAUUGCUCUAUUUCGAUACAAACAUAGCAUUCAUUCAUUGUUACAUUAUCACACAAAUCUUUGGCUUCAGUUUCUUAUUUUUAUAUCUCAGAUUCAUGCUUUUAAUGCUCUGACCACUUCUUUAACUCAUUUUGAACGUUAAAUUUCAAAACUUUAUUCUCAUGCCACACAUGUGCCUUGUGACUUUGUCUUUUUAUCUCAUUUUCUAUACUCAUUUCAUCAUUAUUUUGUGAAUCUUGAGAUGGGGUUUCUUAGUUCUUACUUUCUUGGGUAUUUUGUAUAUUUCAAGAAGACUGUUUUAGGGUUCUGUUAAAGAAACAUUUGGAGUCAAAAUCAUCUGUCAAAUGGGUUGCUACUGCUCAAAUUUGUUGGUGUUCAUACUGUUUCUUUCAUGGGGUUUCUUUAUCUCAAACACCCAUCAAUUACAAACAACUCAAACUCUUAUUCUUCUUCAAGUCAGGAAGCAUUUGGAGUACCCAUUGCAGUUAAGCAGUUGGGAAAACUUUAAUGGUGAUUUUUGUAAUAUGGUUUCAAACCCACAAGUGAGCAUCAAAUGUGAAGGUAAUUCUGUUUCUGAGCUUAAAGUUAUAGGGGGUAAGCUUUCAAAGGUUAGUGAUUUUCAUGGGUAUGCAAUAAGAAAUCAAACUUUGUCUACAACUUUCUCCAUUGAUUCAUUAGUUGUUACAUUAGCAAGAUUGAAUACCUUGAGGGUUCUUAGUUUAGUUUCUUUAGGAAUCUGGGGCCCACUUCCUGAUAAAAUCCAUAGAUUAUCUUCACUUGAAGUUUUGGACAUGAGUUCAAAUUUCAUGUUUGGUUCUAUCCCAGAUGGGAUUUCAAGACUCAUAAAGCUUCAUACUUUGACCUUAGAUGAAAACUUUUUCAAUGAAUCUGUCCCGAAUUGGUUCGACCCGUUGUCGAAUCUCACCAUUCUUAGCUUGAAGAACAAUAGAUUAAAGGGUGAUUUCCCAUCUUCGAUUACGAAACUCGCAACGCUCACUGAUGUUUCUCUCUCACAUAAUAACCUCACAGGCGAAUUACCCGAUUUAACUACCCUGUCUAGUUUAAAUUUAUUGGAUUUGAGGGGGAAUCGUUUCGAUUCUGAGCUUCCAUUACUGCCUAAUGGAGUUACUACAGUUCUUUUGAGUGAUAACUCAUUUGAUGGUAACAUUCCUGAAGAAUUUAGCAAACUGAAUCACCUUCAACACCUUGAUCUAUCUUCGAAUUCGUUGGUGGGCCCGCCACCAUCCGGGCUGUUUUCGUUGCCAAACAUAAGUUACCUGAAUCUUGGAUCCAAUAUGUUAAGUGGGUCCCUUCAUAAUAUCAUCAAAUGUGGGGAAAAUCUUGGAUUUGUUGAUAUUUCAAGCAACAGGUUUACGGGUAGUCUUCCUUCGUGUUUGGAUACGAAUUCUAGCAACAAAAGAGUUGUGAAGUUUAAUGGGAAUUGCUUGAUCACCGAUAACGAACAGCAAGAUUCAGAUUCUAUUUGCAAAGAAGAAGUCAUCAAGAAGAAAAGAUCAUGGGGUAGUACUACUGUUUGGAUUGUAAUUGGUGCUAUUGGUUUAAUAGUUAUCUUUUUGGUGGUGGUUGCAUUUGUUCGACUAGCUUGUCGUAAAAGCAAAACGCGAAGAGAAACUGUUUCUUUACAACACACGGUGCCAAAAGUUAUACAGGAUAGUUUACCUUCCGCGAUUUCUUCUGAAGUUCUUGCAAAUGCCAGGAUCAUAUCAGAAGCAUCUAAGAUAGGGACACAAGUUGCGCCAUCAUGUCGCGUGUUUUCAAUACAAGAACUGGCUCAAGCCACUGAUGAUUUCUCUGCAUCGUUGUUUCUAGGCGAAGGCUCAAUCGGAAAGCUUUACAAGGGAAUGUUAGAAAAUGGAAGCUGUAUCGUUAUUCGAUCUCUUUCAUUAUUUAAAAAGUACUCAAUCCGAAACCUGAAAGUUCGGUUGGAUCUUCUGUCAAAGCUUCGACACCCUCAUCUUGUUGGAUUCUUGGGUUAUUGCAUUAGUGAUGAAGGUUUAGAAGAUUCAACUUCCAGCAGAGUAUUCCUUGUUCAUGAGUAUAUAUCUAAUGGAAAUUUCCGCGCUCAUCUCUCGGAGUAUUCUCCAGACCAGAUUCUCAAAUGGCCAGAUCGGCUAUCCGUUCUGAUUGGAAUAGCUAAGGCGGUACAUUUUCUGCACACGGGUGUUAUUCCUGCUUCAUCAAGCAAUCGAUUAAGAACAAAUAAUAUAUUGCUUGAUGAACAUUGUAUUGCAAAGUUAAGUGACUAUGGAAUGUCCAUAAUUACAGAAGAAUUAGAACAGUUUGAGGCGAAGGGAGAUGGACCAAAACCAUGGCAUAUGAAAAAGUUGGCUGAUGAUGUAUAUGAUUUUGGCUUCAUUUUGCUCGAAGCACUCGUGGGGCCAGUUGUAACAGGAAAAGGCGAAACAUUUCUGCUUAAUGAAAUGAAAUCUUUUGGAAGCCAAGAUGGUAGGCAAAGAAUUGUGGAUCCAAUGGUGUUAACAACUUGCUCACAAGAAUCGUUAUCGAUAGUGAUAUCAAUCACCAACAAAUGCAUAUCUAUAGAACCAACAAACCGGCCAUCGUUUGAAGAUGUACUUUGGAACUUGCAAUAUGCAGCUCAAGUACAGGCCACAGCUGAUUCCGAACAGAAAUCAGAAGGUGCAUCUUAGUGACACGAGCUUGAAAUCAACUUAAUCGGUAGCAGUAGCAGAUACAAUCGAAAUCAAGAUUCAUUCAUAUUUUAAGCACAUAAUUAGAUGUUUAAACAGCAAUAAGCCAUUGAUUAUCGUGUUUUAGUUACUAUACUUGUAACAGUUUGUAAAUGUUUACUUUAUUUCUAUGUAAUAAUUUUGUUUUUUAGC